GUUUAUUUCAUAUUUUGAGAUAUCAGUACAAACUUUACCAAAGUAAUUAACUCUAAGAGACCUAUCUUUAGCUGCAGGAAGGUCCUCAUGCUGCUCACAAGCUCUGACAAUUGGAGCAUUUUCAAACAUCGUUUUUUUAACCCUUAUGCUUACGUCAUCACAAAAUCUUGAGCUCUGAAUGGUGGAAAUGUUGAUGACGUGUACACACGUGAUCCUAAAGCAGGUGUGGGCCUGGCGCAGUCCACGUUUUCCUGCAUUCCCUUCAGGCCUUUUAUUUUUACGAGCAAUACUCGAUAUAUGUCUGCGUUACAAAAUAGCAAUACCGAACUCGACGUACUUGAGCAAACGCAGCUUGUAGAUCAGUCGUUCUCAUCAAAACUUCACGUACCGGCAACAGACUUUGCAGAAGAAUGUCCCGUUACGCUUACUAUGCCAACCCAUCAGUGGGAAAAUUGGAAGACGGACCAAGAAAGAAGAUUCGCUUGCAAGUUUCACGAUCAAACUCCCAAAUACACGUAUAGACGAAAGACAACUGGAACAGGUGGCCGACCUCAAACCAAUAUAUUCUACAGAGUCUUCCGUUGCCAUCGUCGUGGUCAUUACACAUCACAAGCCAAGCAGAGAAAGGCCGCUACCAGCAUUAGGUGCGGUUGUGAGGCGAUGUUCACUGUGACUUGUAAGAAGGUUACCCCAGAGGUAGUGCAAAUCAAAUAUCACUGGCGACAUACUGGACAUCAACCUGGAACACCUAGUGACUUAGCCAAGACACCGAUCGAUAAAGAAGCUCGAGAGUGGAUUCGACAACGUGUGGAGGAGGGUAUGGAUUGGAGAGGCAUUAAACAACUCCUGAAAACAGAACAGGAAAUAAUGUUCAAGAUUAUGAAUGAAGAGAAUAUUGCCAUUCCUUCCAAAUUACGAAUUGGCUACCAAGAUGUAUAUUACGCCAUUCGGCAGCAUAACCGCAAGUUGAAGGAGGAAGCAAGCCAAGAAUCAGACAAAUUCGAUCAAGUGGGACAGGCCCAAACGGUUGAUAACGGGGAGGGAUCAUCGCAUAUGCAAGAACAAGAUAGAAAGCAGGAGCUUCCUGUGAUCACAGAGAGCUCAAUCCGCUCAUCACUACCCGCUUCUGCUGCAGCAUCAGUUCCUACCAAUGCUCCCAUUGUAUCAGAUGCAACCUCACAGUUUUUGAACGAUGUCCUUCAAGCUGCAAGACAAGAAGCUGAAGCUGCCAAUCAAGCCAAGCUGAAGUAAACUAGGACAGGUCAUCGUAUUAUCCCCCCACCCAUUUUUUUUUCUUGUUUCAUUUGUAAGCUCUUCCUUGUUCACUUUGAAUAGGUUUUUUACAAUUUCAUUCCCAAAAUUUCCUUCCAUUUCUGUUUUUAAUGAUUCACCUCACAAUAACAAUUCAUGUCUGCCACAUUAUACAUCAUAGAUCGUCUACUUUU